AUGACCUCAGAAUUGACCUCGGGACUGACCUCAGAACUAUCCCAGGAUCCACCCUAUUCGAGGAAGAAGAAGGUCCUGAGCGCCAAAUCAUUUUCGAAAGGCGUGUUCCAACAGGUACUACCACUGAAGAGGCAGAAAGAACCGUCAGUUUUUGUCAUGGUUGAAGAAAAUCGUCCACAAAAUUUGGUUCGACCGACCCGAUUCGAGCAAGCGACCUAA